AUCUGACAGCAGCUGUCAGUUGGCGUGCUGUCAAAGGGCUGGCUGCUUUGGGGCAAUCUUCUGUUUGGUAAACAAAGGCAUUUCAGUUCACCUUCCGCGUACGGCAGCAGCAACCAUCGGCAUCGCAUUUCAUCAGUUGUGCAAAAUUUUGCAAACAGGAAAAUUUUGAUUGCAUUUAAAUUCCCCAAAGUCCGCAGCGAAACCGUCCGGAAACAUGCUGAUCCGUAACAUUGAGCUGGAAAAGCAGGCCUGCAUGCACGUGAACUGGUACGAACUGUUUCGGAAAGAUACGAUCAAAUCAUGCAUCAUCCCAGUGCCGGACGAUGUGCUGGCCUAUCUGCGGCAAGAUAUGCUCAUCCUUCCGAGGGAAUGUUCCAACUUUACCGAUGUGAGCACCGGGGAAGGAUUUCAAACCACACACUACGACGCGUUCGAUGAGCAGUUCGGCGGCGGCAGUGGUGAUGGUGGUGAGCCGGCGGAGGAGGAAGAGGAGGACGAUACCGAGGAUGAACAGCAGCCCACCUUUCCGGCCUUUUCGCAAGCGCUGAAGGACGCGCUUGAAAGCUUGGGCGGUAAUGCAUUUUUGAAAACGGAUUGGCACUGCCCGAAGGACGCACAGUGGAUAACGCUCGGGCAGUCGCUGUGCGUGCGGGACAUUACCGACAUUUACCAGCUGCUGAAAGCGUCCAGCUUUAGCAAGGAAGAUUUUCGCGAGCGGUCCACCGCGAACGACAGUGGGUACCAUGUUGUGUUGAAGAAGUGGCGAGACAUCCAUCCCGGGUCGGAGUUUCGGUGCUUUGUGCGCAAUCGAUCGCUGAUCGCAAUUUCGCCCCGUCACUGGCCCUCGUACCACGAGCAUAUAGCACGCGAACGCACGGAAAUUGUGAGCGAUAUCGUGUCGCUGUUCAAGGAGAAGAUUAAGGACACCUUUCCGCUGAAGGAUUAUGUGUUCGAUGUGUAUCGUCCCGGGAAGGAUAAGGUCAUCUUGAUGGAUUUCUCACUGUACGGCAAGGGACAUUCCGAUAGUUUGGCGUUCGAUUACGAUCAGCUGGAUGAUGAGGCGCUGGUGGCAACGAUCGAAGAAGAGGAUGAACCGGAAUUUCGCUAUCUUCCGAACGAUUGUGGCAUACAGCCGAUUAAGCGCAAUGUGUACGGAUUUCCGCAGGAUUUCCGAAACUUCUUUCAGGGCGCUACAACUUCGUCCGACAACGUUGAGGGUGACAGCAAUAAUCUGGUUAACCGAUUGAUCGAGCAGUGCAAUCUGCAGCAGUUGCACGAUAAUGACGAAUCUUAACUUUUGAAUGGCUGAAACGAUUAAACGAUAGACUAUAAACAAAGACACGAAUCGUAUUUAAGUUCAAAUUAAUUUAAACGAUCGGGUAAUUAGAAGCCUUAAA